AUGAAUUUAAUUAUAACUAUUUUAAUUAUUACAACAACCCUAUCCUUAAUCCUAGCGGCUGUAUCUUUUUGACUUCCACAAAUAAGCCCCGACGCAGAAAAAUUAUCACCAUACGAGUGCGGAUUUGACCCCCUAGGCUCCGCCCGACUACCAUUUUCCCUACGCUUCUUUCUAGUAGCAAUUCUAUUCCUCCUCUUUGACCUAGAAAUUGCCCUCCUCCUCCCACUACCCUGAGGAGACCAGCUCCAUAACCCCACCGAAACACUCUUCUGGGCCACAACAGUCCUAAUUUUACUAACACUGGGACUAAUCUACGAAUGAACCCAAGGCGGCCUAGAGUGAGCAGAAU